AAAUGUUCCGCGCCGUAGUUGUGGUGGUAUUACUUCCUAGAGGUUUAGAUACUUUAGAUUGAUGGGUCGAUCUGCUUAUGCUGCGCGUCUGCGCACUUGCGUUUUCCGCGUCUUCUUGCAUCCACGUAUACACACGCUGCUGCGUGCUUUUUAAAUCUCUUUGUAACAUUACCAAAUAUAUAUACUUUGUACUAAUAAUUGUGUGUCUCACUCUGCACUACCGAGUUACUUUUACUAACGGAUUAUGAGACUUAAUCCGUGCUGAUUAAAAAGAGGUUAGAGACUAGUGAGUUAAGAGAAUUGCCGGUAACGGAACGAUGGCUACGGAAACUACACUGAGAGACAUUCGAGCUACCAAGCUCAGGAAAGCAACGUAUAGUCGUUGGAAAAUCGAGAUCCGUGAUGCUCUAGAGAGUUAUCAAAUUUUGGAAGUUACAACUAGAAGGACGACUAAGCCAAGCGAGGUGAGAUCCAAGGACGGUGUCGUUAUGUCCAAUGUGAAGGAAAUUGAUGACUGGAGAGUGAAGGACAGCAAGGCAUGGUCUGUUAUUUGAUCAACGCUCGACGACACAACUUUUGAUCAGGUAUGCGACUGCGAAACGUCAACAGACAUUAUGAAAAGGAUCAAAACGUUUUUCGAGCCGAAGACGUUAAAUGCUUUAUUGGAAUUGCUACGUGAGUUCUUUCGUUAUUCAUGGAAGUCUAAUGACACAGUCGGUACGUUCGUAUCAGGAUUAAAAGCUAUUGCACGUAAGAUUGAAGCUCUAGAUUCCAAAGAUUUUGGAAAUAGAUUUAAUAAAAAUAAUGGCAAAGAUUCUAGAAUGCCUGCCGAACGAUUUCAAUAGUUUUGUUACAAGCUGGUCCAUUUUGUCAGCGGAGAUAUCCUUGAAGCUUGUUCAUCUUACUGGUGAUGUUGAAUGGUUUUCACUACUCAGAAAGAUAGAUGUACCACUUACAUUAAACAUUGCCGAUGGUAAAACAUUAAAAGCUACUCACGUUGGUGAUAUUUGGAUUGAAAAAUCAAUUGAUGGUAAAAAGUGGGAAAAACGAGUAUGGAAAACGGAAUACUACUGUGAAGAUAUUAGGUAGUGAAUCACUCUUUUCAACUACAUUUAUGGAGAAAACCAGAGGUUAUAAAUUCUAUCACAGAAAUGGAACUAUGCAGUUAAUGGAUGGAUGGAAGACAAUACUCGAUGGAAGAAGGAUUAACAGUCAGUAUGUACCUUUUAUUCAAGUUGUACCGCCAUCAGCUUCUGUAAAAAUUGCUCAAUUAAUUAAACUAUGGCAUCAACGCCUUGGUCAUGUUAGUGACAAUAUGAUACGAGCAAUGGUGAAAAAUAAUUUUGUUGAUGGCCUUGAUGUAAUUUUAAAGAAACGAGAUGAUUGCGAUUUCUGCCAUUUUGGAAAACAAACAAUAAGUCCACAUCCCGCUCAAGAAAAACGUGAAUGCUUACUCGGUCAACGUUUUCAUUCAGAUGUGUGUCAUGUUGGAGUUACGUCAUGGAAUAAUUACAAGUACGAGAUGUGUUCAAAAAGUAUCGCAAAUUUUGAAUUUUCGCGGGUUACGUAUAUUCGAAUUUCGAUCUUUUUGUGGCG